AUGGCAGAUGUUUUCAUGAAAUUAAAGCGAUAUUAUCUUUCAUUAAUCAGCAAAUUGCCACUGUCUACUGUUUGUUUUGCUGUGCUGUCCUCAUUUGAUGUUAAGCUCAUGAAGGACAAGAAUGUCUGGUUUAUGCUCUGCCAGAAAAUAAUGGAGGCAGUAAUGUAUUCCGAUGAGAGUACAGGCUCAUCUCUGAGCUAA